UCCGCAGCAGAGGGGAGGCGAGUCUCCCGCGCCCUACCCUCCGCGGCGGGGCCGCAGCGAUCUGCUGGUUCCGAUUCCUUCUGCCAAUAAAGUUCCUGAAAAAAAUCACAGUCAUUCUUAAAAGAGCAAAAGAGGGCGCGAGCCGGCCGGAGGCCCUGCCGGGGGGCUGGCACCGGGCGGCGGAGACGGCGGUUACACCGCGACCAGGAGGAGCGGUCGCGCCGGGCGGCGGGCGGCGGGCGGCGCGGGGACGAUUUGAGAGAGAAGAUCAGAUCACCUGGAAUUAAAUUUGGCACAGAAACCUUUUCAACUCUAAAAAUGUUGGAGGAAGAUAUGGAAGUGGCCAUAAAGAUGGUGGUUGUGGGGAAUGGCGCAGUUGGAAAAUCAAGUAUGAUUCAGCGGUAUUGCAAAGGCAUUUUUACAAAAGACUACAAGAAAACCAUCGGAGUUGACUUUUUGGAGCGACAGAUACAAGUUAAUGAUGAAGACGUCAGGCUCAUGUUAUGGGAUACAGCAGGUCAAGAGGAGUUUGAUGCAAUAACAAAGGCCUACUAUCGAGGAGCCCAGGCUUGUGUGCUUGUAUUUUCCACCACAGACAGGGAAUCUUUUGAAGCGAUUUCCAGUUGGAGAGAGAAGGUGGUGGCUGAAGUUGGAGAUAUACCAACUGUACUUGUACAAAACAAGAUCGAUCUCCUUGAUGACUCUUGUAUAAAGAAUGAGGAAGCUGAGGCACUGGCAAAAAAGUUGAAGCUGAGAUUCUACAGGACUUCAGUGAAGGAGGAUCUGAACGUGACAGAAGUUUUUAAAUAUUUGGCUGAAAAAUAUCUUCAAAAGCUUAAACAACAAAUAGCUGAGGAUCCUGAAUCAAUGCAUUCAAGUAGUAACAAAAUUGGUGUCUUUAGCACGUCUGCUGGGAGUCACUUGGGUCAGAAUUCAAGUACCCUUAACGGUGGAGAUGUCAUCAACCUCAGGCCCAACAGACAGAGGACCAAGAAAAACCGAAAUCCUUUUAGCAGCUGUAGCAUACCCUAAAACGCUUCAGGGAGGAAGAAAUGAAUUAUAUUGUGCAGUAAGAUACAUCCAGCUGUCACAGUAUGUUACAAAAUUUUUUCACAGACUUUGCACCUAAUGGCUCUCUGAAAGCUGACAGACUUAAACAGAUAGCACUGCUCUGCAGUGCUUUUCAGAAUGGAGCAAGGUCUCUGGUGGAAAAAUUACUGCCCUCUGGACUUAUUUUAAUUUUUUUACAUUAGACGAAGCUUCUCCUGUUUUUGAAGGAAUGCUAUAAGAAACAUCAAAAACAGGUUUUGCUGAAUUUGAAAUGCUGGAAAACGUAAAUGAAAUGCCUAAAUAUACUGGUACAGAUUUUAAUAUUAUGGGUCAAGGAAAGAUAGCAACCGUUCUUUCUCUGAAAUUGGUCAUUUAGCUUUUCUAGGAAGUCGUAUUGAAUCUGAAUACUGAAAAGAAUAAUAUUGAAAGGCGAACCCUAAUCUUGCCAGACUGCAUUACUGUGUACUUUGGCAAUGUUACUUGUGCAAUAUCUGUAGAUGUGGAAUGUGGAGGUACGUGCGCAUGCAGAUCCCUGGUUCUGGAGUAAACAGAAGGUGUGUGCGGUGUUUAAGGAAACAUAGACUCUAACUCAUUCAUUCAUGAAACCAUUUACACAUUUAUGUCUAUGUUAUAAGUUUCUAUUUUCAAAUGAGAAAUUCUAGACAGAUAUUUUGCAAAAUGAGCUCAGAUUUAAAAAAUGCUUUUGUGCCAAAAAUACCAUACCUAAUUUUCAGUACUUUACCAGAAUUUAUACUGUUGAUAAUCUCUUUUAAAAGCAGUUUUCCUCUCUGACAGGGUAGAGGAAAGAGUGUCUUAGUGCUAGAGCCCCUCCCAGGUGGCAAUGGUUGCGUGUGGAAUCUUUUCAUGUCCCUGCACAUGCAUGGCAGGCUCGAGCUGGCGGCUGCAGGACCCCCGCCCUGUGCAGCGUGGCCGCCCUGUCCCCAGUGCCUUUUGCUGUUGACAACGCAAUUCUGAACUUUUAGGAUUAUGCUAACAAUUUUUUAAAAUACACAAGAGGUGAUCUUUUGUCUUAAACCACAUUGCGGAUUUUAUAAUGCCCUGCAACUCGAAAGCGUCUUUUUGUUUACACAUUUUUUGUAUGGUAUUUUGAGAUUAUCAUUUAAAAACUUCUAUAAACUUCAGUUUGUAUAGCACUUUCUCAAGAGCUCUGUCAGCACCAAAUACAAAAUAAUUUCUUUUAAUAAGUAAGUGAUUUUAACAUGUAAUCAUGUGGCAGAGCAUACAUUUUGUGACUUGGGAUAGUAGCUUUCCAACUCAGAUAAUUAAUUGCAUGAACUCUGGUAAAACUGAUUAUCAUUCAUCAAUGACUUGUUUUUAACCCCUUGCAAUAUACCUGGUUUGUACAGGAUUUAAAUAUAUGUAAAAAUAACUUUUCUUGGAAAAUGUGUCACAAAGUCAUUUUUCAUUAUUUCUACUAAAUGCAUAAUGUUUUAUAUAUUCCUUUUGUAUGUUUUCUCUCUCUUGUUCUUUUUUUUUUUUAAGUCUUCCAUCUGCACCACCCUCAUCCCCUGUCCAGAUUAAUGUUGAAAACAAAAUAGAAUUUUGUAGGGCAUGUCUUUAAGUGGUCAGGAGUGAAGGUUUGCUUUUCAUAAUACUGAAAUAAUCUGGCAUUAUCUAUUUCAGAGUAAUAUGUUUAUUUUUGUGUCACCAGUUGUCACCACUCCCAUUGCUGGCAGUGGGAUAGGUGUUGGGGAAAAACUCUGUUCCUAACAAUGGGUACCCGCUAGUGAUUCCCUUUUCUACUCUCUGGAAAUACAGUCCCUUUAAUUUUUGCACAAAAUAUAUUUUGCAUCAAAUAGUCUUUAGUAGCAGAAAAAUCACGUUAUAUAAAAUGUCGUAGUUCUAUUUCACAUUAAUUAAAUGUGUGUGGGUAAAAGUUUGUUAUUUUUCUAUAUUAAAAAGAAUCUGAUGAUGGUUGCAGUUGCCCUGAUAUUUGUAAUAUAAUUUUAUGUAUUUAGUUUUGUCCUUUUUUUUUAAAACAAGAACUGAAGAGAGAUCUUUGUUACACAUUUGAAUUUUUAAUUUGCAAUUCUGUAUUUUGCCUAACCAUAAGUAAUCAUUUUAAAUAAUUAAGUAGGCCUGAAAAUCAGCCACAAGUGAUAUGUUACUUUCUCAAUUCUAGACACCUUCAGAAUUGCCAUUAUAUUCUUUCACCUUGAGGCCUUUAAUUCUUUUAAAUAACUUAACUACUAAUUUCUAAGGAACCAUGGAUGCUGAAGAAAUACUAAGACCCCGGGACGUUGUGCAUUUGUGCAGUAAUAGCUUUCCUAUGUCGUGGCUCAUUUUUGGCUGUGGCGUGGCUGCCGUGUCUCAGAGUCCUCAGGAUUCCUUUUCCUCUUUCAGUCUCUGCCUCUCGAAUUAAUAAUAGUGUACAGAAUAGGCCACAUAAGGCGAUAUAUAAUUAAAUAAAACCAGGCUAAAUGGUUUCCUUUUUAUCUGCCCAAAGUUGACAGCACUCAUGUACUUCUUCAACAUAAAGUAAAACUAACACUAUCAAUCAAUCAGAAGAGCCCCUCCCCACUGUGGCCGCAGUCCUGUGCUGUCUGGGUGCCUCAGACGCUGGCAGCACAGUGCUUGGGAAGAACUCACUGAUGGGCUCCACUGUGCCCAGGGCUCCAGGGCUGGGGUCUCCUCUGGAGAUCCUGGGAUGGGGAAGUGGCCUCAGGACCUGACAUCCCAACUUAAAGGGAACUACUUUAAUGUAAAAUAUUGUUAAUUUUUCCCCUCCUUUUUAAAACCUUUGAAAUAGUUACUGGUAACUUGCUAAAGUGCAUUCGUUACUGUUACGGUAUCUGUUUCUCUCUCUGAAAACAAAAUGAACUGACUGACAGGUGAAAAUCUGUCCCACACUGCAGUCAUCUAAUGAACAGAGGAAGUCUGGGCUGAUGAUGUGGAGUGAACAGGA